AAAACGUCACUCAGUUGCGACGUGUUGACGUUCGAAAGUGUGAAUUAUUUCGAUAAAUUUCAUUUUUACAUACGUGUCAACUUAGCUUGUGCGUGUCCGGCUGAAAAGCCUUUAUUUUUAAGGAACAUAUUGGCAAAUAUAACAACAGACUAACACAAUGGCACCUAAACAGAGGAUGCGCAUCGCCAACGAGAUUGCCAGCAAAAACAUCACACAGAGAGGAAAUGUACCAAAAACCACUAAGGAGAAGGAUGACCAGUAUCCUGUAGCACCAUGGCUGCUGGCUCUCUUUAUCUUCGUGGUGUGCGGUUCAGCUGUUUUCCAGAUCAUCCAGUCCAUAAGGCUCGCCUAAGCCUCCUGUGAUGAUGUAUCCUCUGACUGAAUU